AUAGUUUGGUCGCAAGAAGUCGCCCCAAAGCGCACGUCUUUUACCCCUGUGUCUGUCCGUGCGUGUGGUUGUUCAUUCUCCGCAGUCUCCUCAUCCCGCCCGGCCGCCGACUCGCUGCUCCCGCCGUACACACACCCAGCAACCUGCCACUGUACGGAGCUCUCCUCUUUUCCAACAACAGAAGCACCGCAGCAUGUGAAUGGCGGCGGAAAGGGUCCGAGUUGUCCAGGAGGAGGAACAGGAGGAGGCGGUGCAGUCAUCGCUUCCUGCACGCAGUCAAAGCCACGUCCAAUUCCCACCCCGUCUUCUUGCACACACCCGGAGUCUCAGCCACACACAAUUUGGUGCGCCCUCGCAGAAGAAGCGCACCUCCCGCCUCACCCACAGCCUCUCCGCCAUGGCCCGCGGUGAGAACGGCGCCCAGGGGGGCCUGGCUGCAGCGGGGAAGAUGCUCAAGCCUGCUGAGGCACUCUUAGAUGCCAAAAUCCCUCAGCAGACCGACUUGAGUCAGAAGCUAUCAGUGUGCAACAAGCUGUGUUUUGCCAUUGGUGGCGUCCCCAAAGAGGUUGCAGCCAGCGCCACCGCCUUCUUCCUGCAGAUUUACCUGCUGGAUGUUGCUCAGAUCAACGCCUUCCAGGCCUCCAUGGUGCUGUUUAUCGGAAAGGCCUGGGGAGCUGUGGUGGAUCCUGUGGUCGGCUUCUUCAUCAACAAGACCAAGUGGACCAGGAUCGGUAGACUCAUGCCUUGGAUGUUGGGCUCUACGCCGUUCCUGGUAGUGUCCUACUUCUACCUCUGGUACGUGCCCCCCUUUGUUAACGGGAGGUUCGUGUGGUACCUCGGCUUCUACUGCCUCUACCAGACCCUCAUCACGUGCUACCACGUGCCUUAUUCAGCUCUCACCAUGUUCUUGAGCACAGACCAGCGGGAGCGCGAUUCAGCCACUGCCUAUCGGAUGACUCUGGAAGUGUUGGGCACAUUGGCUGGUGCUGCCAUCCAGGGCCAGAUUGUGGCCAGUGCCCACAGAUUGAAACACUGCCAGGGACACAACAACACUACUAAUGCAUUGAACAACAGUGGGGGGGCGGAGGUGGUCCGGAGUUUGGUGCGCUCUGAGGAGUACCUGUCACAUGCUAAGGAAGUUUACAUGAUCGCUGCUGGUGUCAUCGGGGGAAUCUUCCUGGUCUGCACUGUAGUCAUGUUCUUGGGAGUCAAAGAGAAAGAUGAUCCGUACGCACCAAGGACUGAGAAGCAGAUUCCGUUCCACCGCGGCUUCAUCAUGGUGAUGCGUCACGGGCCGUACCUCAUCCUUACCGCCGCCUUCCUUUUCAUUCUAGUGGCCAUUCAGCUGGUACAGAACAAUUUCGUCCUUUUCUGCACGUACGCGGCUGACCUGAGGGAACACUUCCAGAAUAUCGUGCUGACCAUCCUGGUGUCUGCAGUAAUAAGCAUCCCUCUAUGGCAGUGGUUCCUGCAAAAGUUUGGAAAGAAGACGGCAGCUUUUUGCGGCAUUACGGGGAUCAUGCCCUUCACAAUGAUGCUGGUGUUCAUCCCCAACGUGGUGGUGGCGUACGUGGUGGCUGUAUCUUCUGGACUCAGUGUGGCCGCCUCGCUCCUUCUGCCCUGGUCCAUGCUUCCCGACGUGGUGGACGACUUCCGGCUGGCCAAUCCAAACUGCAAAGGUCAUGAGGCGAUCUUCUACUCCUUCUACGUCUUCUUCACCAAGUUCGCCGCCGCCGUCUCACUGGGCGUGUCCACUCUGUGCCUGCAGUUCGCAGGGUAUGAAAACGGCGCCUGCAAGCAGCCGGUGGCUGUGGUGUACACGCUCAAGCUGCUCAUCGGCGCCGCCCCGGUGGCUUUCAUCAUCACAGGCCUCAUGAUCCUGCUCCUGUACCCCAUCACGGAAGAAGUGCGACUGCGCAAUAAGCUACACCUGGAUGAACUACGGAAACAAACCACUGUUUCCAGAAGUUCAGAUGGCUUGGGUGUGAUGUGACAUGGAAAAAUAUUCCGGACGUCGGAGAUGUAUUCCAGUGAUGCAUGCUGGGAAAUUGAUGGCAUUGGUGUAUAUUACACUGGGACUUGAUUUGUUUAUACAGUGAACAUUUUUUGUUUCAACAUGUACUGUAUAGCCAUGAUAUAAGAUUAUUUAUACAAAUGAAUGUAUAUCAGGGUUUCUUCCCCCUUUCUUUGCUGUGUCUAGUUGCUCUGCAACGCUGUUAUUUAUUAUUUAUGAAUUAUGUGACAAUGAUGACACAUUAGGGUUUGAUGUUGUAUUACUUUGCUGAGGAGAGUAAAGAAAAGCCAACAUGCUAUGAGAAAAAAAAAUCUAUUUUUUUAAAGAUAGUUGUGAUGUGUAGCAUUCUUAAACUACUUCCAUGUGUGUUGCGCUCCCUAAAGGUAGGAUGUGAUAUUAAACAUUCUCAAAGGGGGGAAUUUUGUGCCAGAAGUCCCCUCUAUAUUUAAUUUCCAUUAGUUGACGAUAAUCACCGUGGAUUUAGAUCAAUAUGAACAGCGUAUAUGAUGCUGAGACAAUCAGUGUGGUGUACCUGUCUCAGUAUUGAUCAAUACUGACGACAUGCCAAUCUGAUUAGUAAUUAAUGCCAAGGGCCCUGCAAUAAAACCCCCCUUUCAUGAUGA